UUACAAAGCGGAAACCUGCAGAGAUCUUCCGCUACAUCGCUUGAGCUAUCACUGCUGAACAGUGACCUUCUCCGUGUGGUCCAGUGCACUUAAAUAUUAGAGAUGGCAGGUGGUGCAUUCGCUGGCUGGUGGUCUAAGAUGGGACCCUAUUACACCAAGGCCUACCAGGAGAUGUGGGUUGGUGUAGGAAUCAUGACUUUCAUGUACUACAAACUUUCAUAUGGAGGAAAGAAGAAAGCAGUGCAGUCAAAGCCCGCCCACUGAUUGGAUCACCGGAGUGUCAUUCCCCAUGUCUUCUCGUCCCCCGAAGAACUUUACCUGAAUAUAUGUAUUUUGUUUUUUGGAAACAAUAAAAUUAUUGAUUUGGAUCACAAUAUGGA